AUGUCGCCACCCCCCGAGGCUGAGCUCAGCACUCUGAAAAUGAAGGAGGAGUCGCUCGCACUGGGCAGUUCAUUCAGCAUGCGCGAACCAGACUACGAGCAAGACGCCCCGCCGCGCUAUUGGGAUCGCAUUGUCGAUGGCUUCAAACGGGAGCACAACUCGGCCCUCUUCUCCAACGACCCGCUUGGCAACCCCGAAGGCCGUCUCGAGAGCGGUCGCGUCCACAACGGCGCUCACUACUAUGACCUGCACCUCGCCAACCUCGAGACAGCGAACGCCGGUCUGGCUAGGAAGCUAAAAGGGAGACAUCUACAAAUGAUUGCCAUCGGAGGUUCCAUUGGUACCGGUUUGUUUGUUGCAUCUGGCAAAGCGUUGGAAACGGGAGGCCCAGCAUCAUUGCUCCUGGCCUUUUCGAUUGUCGGCACCAUGCUGUUCUGCACAUGCCAGGCCCUGGGAGAACUCGCUGUUCUUUUCCCCAUUGCCGGUUCCUUUUCGUCAUGGGCGACUCGCUUUCUGGACCCGUCGUGGGGUUUCGCCGUUGGUUGGAACUACGCUAUGCAAUGGCUAAUCGUAUUACCAUUGGAAAUCAUCGCCGCGUCGCUUACUCUCUCUUACUGGGACGAAUCACUUACUCGUGCCAUAUUCGUUAGCAUCUUUCUCUUCAUCAUUAUUUUUAUCAACAUGUUUGGCGUCAAGGGCUAUGGUGAAGCCGAGUUCAUCUUCUCCAUCAUCAAGGUUGUUGCUGUCAUUGGCUUCAUCCUGCUAGGAAUCGUCCUCAACUGCGGUGGUACCCCUGACGGCGGUUACAUUGGUGGCCAGUAUUGGCAAGACCCAGGCGCUUUCCACAACGGCUUCAAAGGGCUAUGCAGCGUCUUCGUCACUGCGGCGUUUGCCUUCGCUGGCACCGAGCUCGUCGGUCUCGCAGCGGCUGAGACGGCCAACCCUAGAAAGUCGUUGCCCACAGCACUGAAGCAGGUGUUUUGGAGAAUUACCCUUUUCUAUAUCGUCGCGUUGACGCUAGUUGGGUUGCUCGUACCGUACAACGAUCCGCUGCUCCUCGGCGGUGAGAGUGAUGCAGACGCCAAGGCAUCACCCUUUGUCAUCGCCAUCGAGGAGGCCGGCAUACAGGUCCUACCGUCCGUUAUGAACGCGGUUAUUUUAGUUGCCGUUUUGUCCGUCGGAAACUCCGCAGUCUUCGGUUCCUCAAGAACCCUCGCCGCCCUCGCGAACUUGAACCAAGCACCCAAGAUCUUUGCCUACAUCGAUCGCAAGGGCCGUCCCCUUGUUGCCAUCGGCACCGCUGCAUGUGUCGGCCUUAUUGCGUUUCUCGCCGAUCUCCCCGAGCAAGGCGCCAUCCUGGACUGGCUCCUCGCCAUCUCUGGCAUCUCCACCGUCGUCACCUGGGGCUCCAUUUGUGUCUGUCACAUCCGAUUCCGCCAUGCUUGGGCCGCUCGAGGCCGCACCCCUGACGAGCUUCCUUUCCAAUCUCAAGUCGGUAUCUGGGGCUCGUACGUGGGCAUUACCCUUAACGUCCUAGUCCUCGUCGCGCACUUCUGGGUCGGCGCAUUUCCCAUUGGUUAUGAACAUAUGACCAGCGCCCACAUCGCCAAAGAAUUCUUCCUCAAAUGGGUAGGCGCCCCCUUCGUCCUCUUCUUCUACGGCGGCCACAAGCUCUACUACCGCACCACGUACGUGACCCUCAACGACAUGGACAUCGACACAGGUCGCCGCGACUUUAACGUCCCCAUCCUAGUUGCCCAGGAGCGCGAGGAGCGCGAGACCUGGCCCCGCUGGAAGAGGUUCUACAAGUUCCUGUGCUAA